UUUCAGAAUGGGGGAAAGUGGAUUUAUAUUAUUGCCAACGGAAGUGGAUAAAAUUGUAGAUCCAUUUGUUGAUGCGGGUAACUUGCUUAUCGUUGAUAAUGAUCCCUUAAUAGAUGAGGAUUCAAAAAAGAAGCCAAGUGAAGAAGAGCUAUCAGCAAGAGUACGAGAUAAUGCGCAAUUUUUGUUUAACAAAAUAUGGGAGUUAGAAAGAAAACGGAUUGAUGAAGCUAUUUGUGCAAAGUUACCAGGGCCAUUAUUCCGACUCCCUCGAGAAAAACCGUUGCCUUCUGAACGUCAGCUAACGAAAUGGGAACAGUAUGCACAGCAGAAGGGAAUACGGAAGAGAAAAAAAGAUCGAAAAGUUUUCGAUGAACAAACCCAGGAAUGGAAAGCGAGAUAUGGAUAUAAAAGCGUCAAAGAUAAUAAUGCUAAAGAAUGGCUAAUCGAAAUACCAGACAACAAAGAUCCCAUGGUUGAUUAUUUCGAUGAACGACGAAAUGCCAAGAGAGAAAAAGUAAAUAAAAAUGAGAUGCAACGUUUGCGCAACAUCGCUCGUUUAAAAGGAAUUUCAUCGGCAAAUGCAACUCCUCUUGGUAUUGCCGUUGAUUUAAAUAAUCGGAGUAGACAUGAGUUAGUAAACCAGAUAAAUCGAGCUCGGUAUUCUACUGCAUCUCAUGGUGCAUUUCAACCGUCAAUUAAGAAUGAAAAGAAAUUGCUGAAGACGGGUAAACAUCAUAAGUAUAAACCCAACGAGGCAAAUAUUUCUGACGAGAAAGAAAAGCAGUUGCAAAUCCUGGAUAAGUUGUCUUCCAAAAAUAGUGUUUUAAACGAAGCGCGUUUGGCAGCAAGUCAGCAGAGUAAUCAACAACAAAAUGUGGACAAAAGCCAAAGUAAGGGGCCGAAACGGUCGAAAUCGGCUAUUCAUCGACAGCAGCAUUUCCAAAAUAAGGUGAAAAAAAUGAAAAAAACACGCGGAAACAGCAUGAAAGUGGGGAAGCAAAAGAAAGGUCGAGGUGGCGGAGGAUCUCGCUCUCGAUGUAUUUUUUUUUUACAAUACAUUACUUUUUGUUGAUAUCUCUCACUUUGUUGAAGAAAAAAACAUUUUGUUUUGGCUUUAAUAUAACUUUAUUCCAAAAUAAAAUAU